UACCUGUGUGAGUAGUUCAGCUUCAUUCCACCACGGAGAAGCCAGUGGAAGGUGUCGGUUACAGCUGAAGUUAGUACUUUAAUUUGAAACUGCCAGAAAGGAUAAUUUAAUAACAAAAUAAAUGUGUUUAAUUGCCUGAAAGGACAUCAAAUCAACCACAUAUUACGGACUGGAAUCAAGAACUAAUUCUGUGAUCUACAAAGAAACUAUCUAGCUAAUUUAGCCUGCUAACAAAGAAAAGCAUUUCUCUUGAGAAAUAAUCCUCACUAUUCUCUUUAGUUAUGAGUCAUGUGGUCGUCGAUAAUCCACACGGUCUAGAUCAGCAGCUUGCUGGCCUAGACUUGAACUCAGACGGACAGGGAGGAGGCACUGGCCGGCGAUACAUUCCACCUCACUUGAGGAACAAAGAGGUUUCCAAAAACGACUCUCCAGGAGGAUGGGAUGGCGGACGCAGCAACGGCUUCACCAACGGUUACCAUGACAACCGCAACGGGGGACGCGGCGGGCCUCCCCGAAAUGACAGAGGGUUUGGUGGUGGACAAGAUGGUGGAGGCUGGGGAAGUGCUCCCAGACAAGAUGCAGCCUAUAACAGCUUUGGAGGGAGGGGCAAGUCUUCCUUCUACAGUGACCGUGGAUCAACAGGGGGCAGAGGGGGUUAUCAGCGUGGAGGGUAUGGUGGUGGUGGUGGUAACAACCGCUGGCAGGAAGACUCCAGAGACGACGAGGACUGGUCCAAACCCAGCCCCGCUAACGAACGCCUGGAAGCGGAGUUGUUCUCAACCGGCAACACUGGUAUUAACUUUGAGAAAUACGAUGACAUUCCUGUGGAGGCCACUGGCUCCAACUGCCCGCCACACAUCGAUAGUUUCCAUGAUGUGGACAUGGGGGAGAUCAUCAUGAGUAACAUUGCCCUGACCCACUACACACGGCCCACCCCCGUCCAGAAAUACGCUAUCCCUGUCAUUAAGUCUAAGAGAGACCUCAUGGCCUGCGCUCAGACUGGCUCGGGUAAGACGGCAGCCUUCCUGGUGCCAGUGCUGAGCCAGAUUUACACACAGGGGCCCGGAGACGCCGCAGCGGCUGCCAAGAACGGACAGGACAGUGGUAAAUAUGGGCGCCGUAAGCAGUAUCCCCUCUCUCUGGUCCUGGCUCCCACCAGAGAACUGGCCCUGCAGAUAUACGAAGAGUCCAGAAAGUUUGCGUACCGCUCCCGUGUGCGUCCCUGCGUUGUGUACGGAGGGGCUGACAUCGGCCAGCAGAUCAGAGACUUGGAGCGAGGCUGUCAUCUUCUGGUGGCCACACCUGGACGCCUCGUGGACAUGAUGGAGAGGGGCAAGAUUGGCCUCGACUACUGCAACUACCUGGUGCUGGAUGAGGCUGACAGGAUGUUGGACAUGGGUUUUGAGCCCCAGAUCAGACGCAUCGUGGAGCAGGACACCAUGCCCCCUAAAGGCAUCCGUCAGACCAUGAUGUUCAGCGCUACCUUCCCCAAGGAGAUUCAGAUGCUGGCGCGUGACUUCCUGGAGGACUAUAUCUUCCUGGCUGUGGGCCGCGUGGGCUCCACCUCUGAGAACAUCACUCAGAAGGUGGUUUGGGUGGAGGACGGUGACAAGCGGUCCUUCCUCCUGGACCUGCUGAAUGCUACAGUCAUUCCCAGUGACGCUCCUGAUGUUCAGGAGGCUGCAGUGACACCUGGUAAGGAGUCUCUGACGUUAGUGUUUGUGGAAACCAAGAAGGGAGCGGAUGCCCUGGAGGACUUCCUGUACCGCGAGGGCUACGCCUGCACCAGUAUCCACGGAGAUCGCUCCCAGAGAGACAGGGAGGAGGCGCUGAACCAGUUCCGCUCUGGACGCUGCCCCAUUCUGGUGGCCACCGCGGUGGCUGCUCGUGGUCUGGACAUCUCCAACGUCAAGCAUGUCAUCAACUUUGACCUGCCCAGCGACAUCGAAGAGUACGUUCACCGUAUUGGUCGUACCGGUCGUGUGGGGAACCUGGGUCUGGCCACGUCGUUCUUUAACGACAAGAACAGCAACAUCACCAAAGACCUGCUGGACAUCCUGGUGGAGGCCAAGCAGGAAGUACCCUCCUGGCUGGAGAGCCUGGGUUACGAGAACCAGCACAAGGGCACCACGGGACGCGGACGCUCUAAGAGGUUUUCCUCUGGUGGAUUUGGUGCCAGGGACUACCGCCAGACGCCCGGCGGCGGUGGCUUUGGUGGUGGUGGACGCGGCGGCCCUCGCACCGGAGGUCACGGAGGGGGAGGAAGUCGUGGCGGCUUCGGUGGAGGUGGCUUUGGAGGCGGGAACUCCUAUGGUGGUAACGACGCUGGCUACGGUGGCAACUACAGCCACUCCGGUAGUGGAACUGACUGGUGGGGCAACUAGUCGCCAUUGCAAACGGGUUGCCACGCCAACCAAACUCAUCCUCUCACGGAAACCACAUGUUGACUACGCCAGACUAAAACACCCCCUACCCCCUCACUCAACCCUGUGUAGUUUCACUGACACACAGUACAUUGCACACACUGUGAUUCUCUGCCCUUUCGCUUCUCUCACAAGGAGCAAGACGCAACGCCAAGACAACCAGCGCAGCGCCGAUCUAUUGGAGAAGAGCAGAGAUUUGCACAUUUUUCAGAUAAAAGGAGUGCUCACAUGUAUGGUCUGAUAUAGCAACUCGGACCAAAACAGCAAAUCCUAUCUUUGUAUAAACGGAAAAGAAACCCAAGAAUAACCUGAGGAUCAUUUGUAUGUUAAUGUACUGUGCCUUUUGAAUUUAGACAGGACUAAUUCUGUGUCAUUUCACCAAAUGAAUGUUGGCCAAGAGCUCUGAAUUAUUGUUAUUUAUUUGGUGAAAAAAGAAGCAUAGAAGAGAACUGCUUGUACUUAAUCAAACCUUGGCAAACACUGGGGCAUUGUGGCUCGUUCGAGUCAUGAAUCCAUUUGAACCUUCCAAAAUUGUCGCAGUGACAUCAUGUAGCCUUUUCUCGGGUUCAACCCAGAGUUCCAACAGCUAACAUCACUGUAGCAUCCGACAUCACUGGGCCGUUCUCCUAGUGUGGCUAAUAGAACUGUAUUCUAAUCUUUAAGGGACGAAGAGUUCGAUUACUUUUUCUUUUUUUUGCUCACUCUAUCCUGGAUAGGCUCGUCUAUAAAGGAUACGGUAGUCUUUCGAAAAGCCAUUCCAGAUCUCUUAACACUUAAAGUCAUUAACCUCCGUGC